AUGUAUAAUUUUUGGGAAAGAAUUAAAGCUCCACUUGCUGAAUAUAGAAAAAAAAAUCCAUAUAAAAAAGAUGACGAUUCAACCGAAUUACCACCUGGUACAACAAUUAUACCAAUUCCAACAACAAGUAAUAUAAAUGAUUUGUAUAGUAGUAAUAUUAAUAUACCUGGUCCAAAUACAACCACCACAGUAAAUAACCUUGCAUCAAUGGCAUCAAUGGCACCAGUACCAUCAUUACCAAUUUCAAUUUUAAAACAAUCUCAAAUGAUUUCAAAUAUUAAUACAUUGGGUAGUUCUUCACCAAGAGGAUUUUUUAAUCAAAGUUUAGGUGGUAAUACAUUUACAAAUCCAAAUUUACAUCAAAAUAUAGGUUUAACUGGUAAUGUUGGUAAUAUACCUCAGACACCCUCCCAUUUAAUAACACCACAAUCACCAUCGAUCAAUCCAGUUACAGUAUUGGGCAUUAAUCCUUUAGGUUCAACUACAUCAAUUCCUGGCCAAUCAUAUCAGCAACCACAGCAACCAACACCAGCUCUUAUACCUAAUGUUAUCACAGUACCAAUGGAGGUUUCAGAAAUUACACCAAACACACCAAUUUCAAUACCAUCUACAAAUAUAUCAACUACAAAUCCACCAUCAGGUAUUGGAUCAGCUGUAACAUCAACUGUAGCUUCACCAAGUUUACAGCAUCAACCUUAUCCAUCUGCACCACCAUCUUCAUCAGUUAGUGGCAACCAAUCACCAACUAUUUUUUCACCAUAUUUACCACAACAAAAUGCAACAAAUCAUUUAUAUCCACAACUUUAUUCGCAAUCACCAACAGUACAGCAACAAAAUCAACAAUUAUUACAACAUUUAUCAAAUUUACAUCAAAACCAUACUAGUCAGUAUCAAAACAAUAGUCCAAAUUUAUUUUCUCAUCAGCAACAGCAACAACCACAACAAAAUGAUUUAGUACAAUUACAAAAUAGUUUGGGUGAAGGUAUUGAAAUGAAAGAAUUUAGAGCAGUACCAUCUUCAAUAAUUUCAUCACCAGGAUUAAAAUAUUCUCAGCUUCAAAAUAAUAGCAAUACAUUAUCAUCAAGCCGUCAUCAAAGAAAUAUAUCAACAGAGAGUUUUCUUAAACAUUCAAGAAAUAGAUCAACAGAUCAUUUUAAUUAUUAUUUUAAUCCAAAUACAUUGGGUCAGUCAACUAUUAAUGUAGAUCAGCAAAAUAUACCUCAACAACAUGAACAUAUUAAACCAAACUCUGAAAAAUCAACAGUAAUUCCAAUUAACGAAUUAGCAAGUAAUACCAAUUCAUUUAAUGAAACUAAUUUUUCACCAUUAAAUACUGAAGGUGCAAUGAGAAUUCCUAAAAUACCAAAGAAAAAAUCAAGAUUUAAUAAAGAAAAAAUGAAAAAGUUUAAAAAGAGUGUUUAUCAAAUUCUUUCUCCAGAGACCCAACUACCAAUUCAUGUUGUAGAUAACGAUCAAAUGGAGAAUACAGUUAUUCCAUUCCUUAUGGAGCUUGGUAGAGCAUUGUUAAUGUCUGGUGUACCUGCACAUAGAUUAGAGUACGAACUCACAUUAAUUUCUGGUACAUUUGGUAUCGAUGGUCACUUUUUUACAACACCAACUGGCAUUUUCUUUUCUUUUGGUUCACCACAUACCAUUCUCUCACCAUACACCCAUUUCCUUAGAAUUCACUCUACAGAUUACAACAUGAACCGUCUCAUCCUUUUAGAAGAGUUGGCAGAUCAAGUCAUUUAUGGCCAUAUGAAUUGUGCAGACGGAUUAGUUAGAUUAAAAGAAAUAUUACGUUCAAAACCACUCUAUAACAACUACUUAACAGUCAUUAGUUUUAUUUUAUCAUCUUUUGCAAUUGCAUUCUUUUUCAAAGCAGGUUGGGUGGAAGUUGGUGCUUGCUCUUUUGUAGGUCUUUAUGUAGGUCUUUUAUAUGCCAUCGCAUCCAAAUAUGCCACAAUCGGUAGAGUUUUAGAAGCUCUUUCUGCUUGUGGUGGUGCUAUAUUAGCAUCUCUUUUCAAUGCUUUUAUUUAUCCUGUACACAUUUUUAUGGUAACUUUGGCGGGUAUUAUUGCUUUGGCACCUGGACUUUCCCUAACAAUCGCAGUAGCCGAGAUUUCAACAAGAAAUUUAAUAUCUGGCAAUGCUCGUAUGAUGGGUGUAUUUGCUUGUUUAUUACAAUUAACUUUUGGUAUAGCAUUAGGUACUAAAAUUUCCGCUAAAAUAUUACCUCUUCAAAUUGAGGUUAAUCCAGUAUCUUUACCAGCAUGGACAAUGUUUUUAGCGGUACCAGUUGCGGCUAUCUCUUUUGCAGUUCAAAUGAAAGUACAUCCAAAACAAAUUUGGGUUAUCACAUUAGCUAGUGUUUUGGGUAUUUUAUGUGGCAAUUGGGGUAAUAAAUUCUUUGGGGAAGAUGUAGGUUCAUUCUUUGGAUCAUGCGCAAUUUGUUUAUUAGGUAAUCUUUAUGCUCGUUUUACAAAUACAUCAGCAAGUGUACCCAUUUUCGUUGGUAUUAUUCUUUUAGUUCCUGGUUCGAUGGGUAUUAAGGGUUUAGUUUCAGUUUCAACAGGUGAUAUAACCGGUGGUUUACAAUUAUUUGGUGGUAUGUUUAUGAUUGCCGCCUCUUUAACGAUUGGUUUGUUGGUUGCAAAUUUAUUAGUAAAACCAAAUAAAGCAUUAUAA